GUUGUGCAAUAAUAUUUUAUAUGUUUUUAACAUAUGUUUGUAAUGUUUGUUUUGUAUUUAUAAUUAUGGGGUUGCAAGUAUAAUUAAUUGGGUUGCAGAUCAGUGAUAGUAUUAGAGGGUUUGUUUGUUUGUUUUUUCAGAAAAAGAUGCUGUGUAAUUUAAUGGAUUAUGAAUGUCAAGAAUAACCGUAGUUAUACAAAUAAAGAAAGGAAACAUUAUUUUGUCUUCUUUGGUAAUAUGUGGAACUGGGUUGGACUGGUUAGAGUGAUACAAUCUACUGUGACACUAGUGAUUCUGUUUUCUAUUCUACGAAAAUAAAAGCUACUCCUUGUACUUGAGUACAUUUCACUGCUCACGCAACUUAGUGUUUUUAGUAUCCUUAUUUCAUCAACGACCUUUACCCACUUCCAGUCGGUCUCCUCUUUUAUUUUGUUAUCUCAACGAAAAUCAAGUAAUGAUGACAAAAUUGUGAACAGGAACCAAACUGAGUUUUUCCUUUUUAAACUUUCUAAAGAAAAAAAAGGCCACUUUUUUUUUUAAGGUUUUGCAUAUACGUCACUAUAGAAACCGCUACGUUACACCCGACAAGGGGAGGACGCUUCUAGUCAGAAACCGGAAGUAAGCGAAGCAGAAAACAUUAGCCGUUCAGUAGUUUUGCGGGUUACUGUUAACUACGGCAAAGUACAAUUUGGAGUUGAAAACUUCGACAUGGGAAGUACGGCGAGUCAACUUUCGAAAGAGUCGCUCUCAGAAUAUCAGGAGCUGACCUUCCUGACAAAACAAGAAAUUCUUCUUGCUCACAAGAGAUUCACAGAACUGCUUGAGAAACAUGAAAAAGAACAAACAGAUGCCAGAGUACCAAUGGGCAGGAUUAUUACUCUGCCUGAGCUCAAGUCCAACCCUUUCAAGGAAAGAAUCUGCCAGGUGUUCUCAACCUCUGAACAAAAAGAUGGAAGCCUCACUUUUGAGGACUUCCUGGAUCUUCUGAGUGCCUUCAGCGACUCUGCUACUCUGGAAAUCAAAUCCCACUAUGCAUUCCGCAUAUUUGACUUUGAUGAUGAUGGAACCCUGGACUGUGUUGAUCUGGAGAAGCUGGUUAACUGCUUAACUGGUGAGACAAACGAUGCAAAACUUUCCUCCACGGAAAUGAAGCAGCUCAUCAGCAACAUUCUUGAAGAGUCAGACAUCGACAAGGACGGAACUGUGAACCUCUCAGAGUUUCAGCACGUCAUUUCAAGGUCUCCAGAUUUUGUCAGUUCCUUCAAGAUUGUGCUCUGAAGACUUCCAGUGGACCUUGGAGAUGCAUGCACCUUUUUAAUUUUAGUGUAUAAUUUUAAAUCAGAACAAUUUUAAUUACUUGCCUU